AUGGGUAUCGACUUGGACCGCCACCAUGUGCGCAGCACCCAUCGCAAGGCGCCGAAGAGCGAGAACGUCUACCUGCAGGUUCUCGUGAAGCUCUACCGCUUCCUUGCCCGCCGCACGGAGUCGAACUUCAACAAGGUUGUGCUGCGCCGCCUGUUCAUGUCCCGCAUCAACCGGCCCCCUGUGUCGCUUUCCCGCAUCGCUUCCAACGUGACCGAGUCGCACCAGGGCAAGACCAUCGUCAUCAUCGGCACCGUUACUGAUGACAACCGUCUCCUCACUGUCCCCAAGCUUUCUGUGGCCGCCCUGCGCUUCACUGCGACUGCCAGAGCCCGUAUUGAGAAGGCCGGUGGUGAGACACUGACCUUGGAUCAACUCGCUCUCCGCGCCCCAACGGGAGCCAACACUCUCCUCCUCCGUGGUCCCAAGAACGCCAGAGAGGCCGUGAAGCACUUCGGUUUCGGUCCCCACAAGCACAAGAAACCUUAUGUGCGAAGCAAGGGUCGGAAGUUUGAGCGCGCUCGUGGCCGCAGAAGGUCUCGCGGCUUCAAGGUCUAA